CCGGGCCCGCCGCGGGCGCCAUGAGCCAGGGUGGCGGGGCCGCCGGCGAGAGCGGCGAGCCGGAGGCCAAGGUGCUGCACACCAAGCGGCUGUACCGGGCAGUGGUCGAGGCCGUGCACAGGCUGGAUCUCAUCCUUGGCAAUAAGGCAGCUUACCAGGAUGUGUUCAAGCCAGAGAACAUCAGCUUGAGGAACAAGCUGAGGGAGCUGUGUGUGAAGCUGAUGUUCCUGCAUCCAGUGGAUUAUGGAAGAAAAGCAGAAGAACUGCUCUGGAGAAAGGUUUACUAUGAAGUUAUCCAGCUCAUUAAAACAAAUAAAAAGCACAUCCACAGCCGCAGCACCCUGGAGUGUGCAUACAGGACUCACCUGGUGGCUGGCAUAGGAUUCUACCAGCACCUCCUGCUCUACAUCCAGUCCCACUACCAGCUGGAGCUGCAGUGCUGCAUUGACUGGACACACGUGACAGACCCUCUCAUAGGCUGCAAGAAACCUGUGUCUGCAUCAGAGAAGGAGAUGGAGUGGGCACAGAUGGCCUGUCACCGGUGUCUGGUUUAUCUGGGAGAUCUAGCUCGCUAUCAGAACGAGCUGGCAGGUGUGGACACGGAGCUGCUGGCUGAGCGAUUUUACUAUCAAGCCCUUUCUGUUGCACCACAAGUUGGAAUGCCCUUCAACCAGCUGGGGACACUGGCAGGGAGCAAAUACUACAAUGUGGAAGCAACCUACUGCUACCUACGCUGCAUCCAGUCUGAAGUGUCCUUUGAGGGUGCCUAUGGGAACCUGAAGCGGCUCUAUGACAAAGCAGCCAAGAUGUACCAUCAGCUGAAGAAAUGUGAGACCAGGAAGUUGUCUCCAAGCAAGAAAAGAGGAAAAGACAUUAAGAGGUUGCUGGUGAGCUUCAUGUACCUGCAGAGUCUUUUGCAGCCAAAGAGCAGCUCUUUGGAUUCUGAGCUGACAUCUCUCUGCCAGUCUGUGCUGGAAGAUUUCAACCUGUGCUUGUUCUACCUGCCCUCUCCUCCUAACCUGAGCUCAACUAGUGAAGAUGAAGAAGAGUAUGAGAGUGGCUACUCCUUCCUUCCUGACCUCCUGAUCUUUCGCAUGGUCAUCAUCUGCCUUAUGAGCGUUCACAGCCUCAAGAGGGCAGGUUCCAAGCAGUACAGUGCAGCCAUUGCCUUCACGCUGGCUCUCUUCUCUCACCUGAUAAACCACGUCAAUAUUCGCCUCCAGGCUGAGCUAGAGGAAGGGGAAAAUCCUGUCCCAGCCUUUCAGAGUGAUGGCACAGAUGAGCAGGAGCCACGGGAGCCUGUGAACUCAAUUGAGAAGGAAGCUGAAGCUGAGCUGGCCAAUCAUCAGCCCAGUGAGGAGCAGAGGAAGAACGACUGCAAGAAAAGCAAGAAAUAUUCUCGUCUGUCCUGCCUGCGCCGCCGCCGGCACGCCCAGAAGGUGGAUGAGAGCGACCUGAGUGAGGGCUUUGACUCUGACUCCAGCCAGAGCUCCAUCAAGGGCAGUGAUGGCUCAGAGAGUGGCUCAGAGAAGAGUGAUGAGGAAGCAGAAGCUGCUUUUGAUGUGGAGACAGACUCCGACAUGAACAGCCAAGAGUCUCGGUCUGACUUGGAGGACAUGGAGGAUGAACCGGGUGAGGAAGGAAGCAGCCAAGGCAAAAGUGGGCCCAAAGAGGCCUUAAAAAACUGUGUGGAUAGCAGUGGCCUGGGGGACUCCAAGAGCCCAAGCAUCUCUAAAAGUGAAGCUGUGGAUCCAGCAGUCAAUGGGCCAGCUUCCCUGAGCACUAAUGAUGCAAGCAUAGCCAGUAAUCUGCAGGCCAUGUCCACCCAGCUGUUCCAGACCAAACGCUGCUUUCGCUUGGCUCCCACCUUCAGCAACAUCCUCCUGAAACCCAGCAGUGAAGCACCUGCCUUGAAGGAUGGCAUGGAGAGCAAGCCAUGUGUCAAUGGAGAUCUGGAGAAGCCCAGCUUGGCAGAGCAAGAUGAUGUGUCUGACUCUGAAGAAAGCAUUUCAAGUAACAAAUCCUGCAGAAAUGAGCGAUCCCUUCAGGAGAAGUUGGAGAUUGUGACCAAUGAAGGGCUGCUGCUUACUGUCAAGGUGUUCCUGGACUGGCUGAGGACAAACACAGACCUCAUCAUUAUGUGUGCUCAGAGCUCUCAGAGCCUGUGGAACAGGCUGUCUGUGCUCCUGAACCUUCUGCCUUCUGCUGCAGACCUGCAGGAAUCAGGGCUGGCCCUGUGUGAUGAAGUCAAGGACAUGCUGAGUGAUGCUGAGCUGCCAGACCUGAGGGCCAACCUGCUGCUCCCUGAGGACGUGGCCCUGCGCAAUCUCCCCCCUCUGAAAAAUGCACACAAGAGGUUCAACUUCGAGCAGGACCGGCCCAUCUUCUCUGCCCUCGAGGAGUCUGUCGUGCGCAUCUGCUGCAUCCGGAGCUUCGGCCACUUCAUCACCCACCUGCAAGGCAGCAUCCUGCAGUUCAACUCAGAGCUUGGCAUCUUCAUCAGCAUAGCACAGUCUGAGCAAGACAACUUGUUGCACCAGGCCCAGGCUCAGUUUCACAUGGCUGCAGAGGAAGCUCGACGGAACAGGCUCAUGAGAGACAUGGCUCAGCUUCGGCUGCAGCUGGAGGUGUCUCAGCUGGAGGGCAGUCUCCAGCAGCCCAAGGCACAGUCAGCCAUGUCUCCUUACCUGGUUCCUGACACCCAGGCCCUCUGCCAGCACCUGGCUCUUGUCAAGCAGCUGGCCACAAGUGGGAGGUUCAUCAUCAUCAUCCCUCGAACAGUUAUCGAUGGCCUGGACUUCCUGAAAAAGGAGAACGCCGGUGCUCGGGACAGCAUUCGGUAUCUGGAGGCAGAAUUUAAAAAGGGAAACAGGUACAUUCGUUGCCAGAAAGAUGUCGGGAAGAGCUUUGAGAGGCAUAAAUUGAAGAGACAAGAUUUAGAUGCCUGGAAUCUCUAUAAAAUCCUGGACAGCUGCAAGCAGCUGACAGUGUCCCAGGGCAGUGGGGAGGAUGACACCACAGGAAUGGUCACCAUCAUCACAGGCUUCCAGCUGGAGGACCCCAGCUCCUUCUCAGUGCCCAUGCAGUCUGCCAUCCAGGCAGCCGCCAACGCCAGCAUAGAGAUAAAAAAUGUUCUGGAGUUCUACAAGCAGUGGAAAGAGAUGGGCUGAUGGUCAGAAAGGCAUCGGGUUGGUUGGUGAACCUUUCUCUCCCCCUCUCGCAACGUGCAGCGUCUGAACGAAGGAAACAACAAUCUGGGCGACACUUAAGACACGAAGAAGCAGCAGCAGCAACAGCAACAAAAAUACCUACCCAAAUGAAUUAAAAAAAAAAAAAAAACAAAACAAAAAUCCAAAGUGGGCAUGCACACUGACACCCUCCACCUGCACCCUGAGCAGACAGGCUGUACAGCUCUGAGGGAGCCAGCUGCUCUGAGAGAGGCCCCUCGGAAUGGGAGCGGCCGGGGCAGAGCUCUGCCCUUCUCCCAGUGGGCAGAGAUGGGCGAGAGACAGGCAGUCCUUCAUCCCCCUCCUUCCUCCCAAAGCUUGCUUGGCCAGCAGGAGCAGGCUGGUGGUUCAAAGCUUGGACUUCACUUCAGCAAAACCAAACCAGUGCAGCAGAAACGGAGCGCUCCGCCUCGGGGAAGAAGAUCCAAAGAGUGUUUUGCUCUUGUUUGGCAAUCUGGGGACAGGAAAGUGGAUAGGAUUUCUCUCCCCCUCCCAUCCCCUCCUUUUGAAUUAAUUAUUUUUCGAGGGUUUUUUUCCUUUUAAUUUUUAGUUUUUAUAUAUAUGAAUAAUAUUAAAAAGAAAAAAGAAGAGUUCCUUUGGGGUUUUGGAUACUCUUCCAACAUCAGAAAGAAAAGGAAACACUCUAUUUAAAAGGGGGAAGAAGCUCUUAAUAUAAUUUUUUUUUUUCUUAGAACAAGCAUAUUUAUUUCCUUUCCCAGGCCCCCAUGGAGCAGGCUCAGUGCAAAGGGAUGUUGGCCUGUGAGGAGGGAGCAGCCCCAUGUUGCACUCCACUCUCCCUGGGAGCUCCAUGCUUCAUGAGCAUCACAAGCUCCACCACGCUGCUCCAGGGAGCCCACAGGACUCUGCCUCCAUCCCCAGCUUCUCCCACUAUGCAUCAGACCUUGGAGAAAAGGAGGAAUCUGGCAGAACUGCUGAAAGAGAGAGAGAAGAGCUGGGUGGGAUUUAUGCACCAUUAAGGCUCAAAUGCUUGGCUUGAGCACUGCAACACUGGGAUGGAGCAGAUGUCUCCAAAGGACCCAAAGCCUCUUUUUCAUCUUUUCUUUUUUUUUUCCCUUUUUUUUUUUUCCCCACUAAAUCUUUCAAUAGGCUGUGGAGGAGGAAGGAGAAUCUCAAAGCCAUUAUCUUCUGCUGGUUGUUCAAUGCACCACUGCUGCAAUGCUGUGCUAGAGAUGGUGACAGAGCUGUGUCCCCUUUUCUCACAUCCCUCUGGGCUGGCAGAGGCUGUGCAGGAGAUUCACAGACUGCUCCCUGCUUUUGGCAUCCCAAACAGGAGGGCUGAUGCUACCUGGAAAGGUGCUGGAAGAGCUGGGAGGGAUCCUGCAGAGCUCCAUCCUGGCAGCAUCUCACUCAGCCCGUGUCUGACACGCUGCCACUCGCAUGUGAAGCUGCAGGUUGCUCCCAGGGCAGCAGGAGAGGGGCUGGGCAGUCUCUUCCUGCUCCCUCUUCUUGCCUCUGUGUGCCCACAAAGAGAUGUCUCCAUCCACAUGAACCAGCAGCAGCUAUGCAAGUACAAACCACUGGAGUCUUCUAUCUGUCUGUGUUCUCACAUGGGCCAGCCAGAAACUGCUACAGCCAGAGAGCAAAACUUGAGAAGCUGAGCCACAUCCUCCACUCUGUGCAGGCUCUGAGCAUGGUGUGUUGUACUGCAGGGGCAGGCUGUUCUUGUUUUCAGGUAAAAACUAAAAAUACCAGCACAAGUACCAGAGGAUUCAUUUCUAUUCCAGUUCCAGCUCCUUUACAGCACAGCAGAGGGAAAUGCCAACCUGCCUGGUCCAGCUGGAGGGACAGGGCUUUCCCUGCAGGAUCUUCUCCUGAAACUCACAGUGCUUUGCUUGGCUAAGCCAAGAGAAGGCCAUGUGCAGGACAGCAGGGCAGAGACUGGCACACCUU